AUGAAUCCACCAUUCGGCCUUUGCUAUCUCUAUCCGGUCCAAAACCGCCUGAUCGCGCUGCCGCUUCUCGGCGUCGGUGUUGAGAGCGCCAUUAAAGACAUUGCGGCACAGGUCAAGCUCACGCAGACCUACUGCCAUAACGAGGCGUUCCCGGUAGAAGCGAUAUACCGCUUCCCCAUUCCGGCGCGUGCUGCUGUCUGCAGUUUUGCCAUGACAAGGGAAGACGGCACACAAAUACGAGGGAUAGUGAAGGAGAAGCAAGCGGCGCGACGAGAGUACGACCAGGCAUUAUCAGCAGGGAAAGGAGCCUCGUUACUUGAACAGGUUACUCCAGAUGUUUUCCAAGUCUCUGUUGGCAACAUCCCGCCCAAAGAGCAAAUCAAGGUCGAGCUCAUAUAUGCCACCGAGCUUACUGAGGACGAGGAAAGUGACUCGAUUCGAUUCCAUCUGCCCAUGCACAUCGGAGUCCGCUACGGAAAACCCCCAUUAUCACCCAACAAUCCGUUCGCAGACCCAUUGCCCUCUGGCUCCUCGUUUGUCGGUCUCAAACUGGACAUAGAGACAGUCUCUCCGAUAGUCAAAAUCGGUUCGCCUUCCCAUGUCAUCUCGACCGAGCUGGGCCCGGAUCCUGCCCUCCCAAAUUCCAACACUCUACCUUUCUCUAACUACGCUCGAAUUUCCGCCAGUUCAGACACCCCAUGGGACCGAGAUUUUGUCCUUACAAUCGGGUCUGCUGGACUUGAUGCGCCGCGUUGUGUUGCAGAGGUUCAUCCAACGGACGACAGCGUUGCAUUAUCGCUCAGCCUUGUCCCGCGCUUCACACUUCCUGAUGUUCCGCGUCAAGAAUUCAUCAUCCUUGUUGACCGCAGCGGCUCGAUGGAGGGUGCAAGGAUGGCGGCAGCACGCAAAGCGCUUAUAAUCAUGCUCCGUGCCCUUCCUCACCAAGAAACACUGUUCCAAAUCGUCUCGUUCGGCACGCAAGUGACCUCUCUGUGGGCAAAUAGCCGCUCGUAUAACCAAGAGACACUCGAGGAGGCGACCCGACAUGUCGACGGAAUGCACGCAAACUAUGGCGGCACCGAAAUCAAAUCCGCCCUCGAAUAUUGCUUUGCGCGACGCAAGUCAGAUCGGCAGACGAGUGUUUUGCUGUUGACCGAUGGCGACGCGUGGGACGUGUCUGGUGUUCUCGAUGCCGUCAAAGGAGCGGUUGCAGCUUCUGCACGGAUAACGCCGUUGCGCGUUUCGGUCCUCGGGAUCGGCGAAUCAGUGUCGACAGCGAUGUGCGAGGGGAUCGCGAGGGUUGGAAACGGGACUUGUAUGCUCGUUGGUCCCGGUGAAGCAAGCUUCACUGGCAAAAUUGCGCGACUUUUGAAGGCUACCAAGUCACCCUUGAUUUCCGAUAUUUCAGUUGAUUGGGGCAGGUCAAAUGAUGCUUUGACAAUGCCUAAACAGGAGGACUUCGAAAUGGUUGAGUCUGAACAACAGUCUAAACUCAAUCUCUUUGACGAAAGCAUACAUCCCUCUUCUCUCGAAGAGACUUCUGUUCCCCUGCCAACCGCUGUUGUUUUGGCGCCUCCACCAGUGGUCCAACAGUCGCCGUUCAAAAUAAACAAUCUUUUCCCGGGAACACGGUUGAACAUAUAUGCUAUCCUUCAAGGGAAAAGUGUCCCGAAGACGGUUAUUCUGCGAGGCUCGACCUCGUCGGGUUCGGAAAUCGAGCUACCAAUCUCGGUUACUUCUAGCCGCCUUCCAAAUGAUCCUUCCGCUCCGUCCGCCAUCCACGCGCUCGCUGCUCGCAAACUCGUGCAGGACCUCGAAGAUGGCAGCCACGAGCUGGCGAAGACUAUCGAAGACCCUGAUCUCCUUGCACGGACAGUCAACGCCCAAAUAGCGCGGCUUGGCGUAGCUUAUUCGAUUGCCUCGUCUCAGACCUCCUUCGUGGCUGUCGACGACCGCACCCCCGAGGUUGUCCGCCCGGUCGAGGUGGACAUUGUCAACUCGGCGGUUUUGGAAGUACAGAGUAUUCUGCGUGGUACCGCUUUGGAUGGGGUGGUGGGAUCGAUGCGGAGUCGGUUGCUGACUGCCCAACCUACUGGAUUUGCGCCUCCGCCUCCGCCACCACCUCCUCUGGCAAGAAUGAUGUUUGCCGCUCCUGCACCCGUACCUUCUAGCGGAAAUGAUGAUGAUGAUGAUGAUGAUGAUGAUGAUUGGGAAGGAAUGGCAGAGGAGUCUGGGGACGGCGAGGAUUCAGACGAAGAAGAGUUGGUUAUGGAGCGACUUGCCCCAAGCACGAGUGCUCGUGUCGCUGCUGCCGCGCAAGCCGAAGGGGCUUCCCGAGCUAUCCAGGACCCGCUUGAAGCACUCGCCAGGAUGCAAUCCUUCGAUGGAGGUUUCACAUCAUUGCCCGCCCUCCUGCGUCUGGUCGACCUGCGGCCGGGCUGCGAUGCAGCGACGGUUCGGACGCUGUUGCCGGUUGGCGCAAGCGACAGUGUCGUCGCGACCAUUAUCGCGAUGGCGUUUUUGAACGCAAAGCUCGCUGCAAAGCGCGAUGAGUGGGAGGGGAUGUACGAGAAGGCAGGGGCAUUUGUCUGGGCGGCCCUGUUGGAAAUGGGUUUUGCUGGGUCUGUAGAAGAGCUGCAAAAGGAAGCUGCGGGAAUGUUACUCUGA